AUGUUUAAAUCGAUUGCUUCUUCCUCGAGUGUUGCCAAUUCUUUAUUUUCAUUGAUUGGAAAACAACAACAUCAAAUGAGAUACAUUCAAAAAGUGAUCGGUGUCAUUCCAGCUGAUGGAAUCGGAAAAGAAGUCGUACCUGCAGCAAUUCAAGUAAUGAAUGCUGCCAUUGCUAAGAGUGUUGCAGCAAAACAACAAGAUUUCUCCUUGAAAUAUAUUCCCUUAGAAGCUGGAUGGGAAACUUUUGAAAAGAGUGGAAAGAGUUUACCUUCUGAAACAGUUGAAGCAUUAAAAACAAAAUGUGAUGGUGCCAUCUUUGGAUCUGUUCAAUCUCCAAGUCACAAAGUGGAAGGAUACAGCUCUCCAAUUGUUGCAAUGAGAAAGCUUGUAGAUCUCUAUGCCAAUAUUCGACCAUGUCAAGAUGUUAAAAAAGGAAUUGACAUGUUAAUUGUGAGAGAAAAUACUGAAUGUCUCUACAUUAAGAAAGAGAAAUUAUCUGUUGAUCCUCAAAGCGGAGAAAAAAUUGCAAUUGCUGAACGAUUAAUUACAGAGAGAGCUAGUAAGAGAAUUGCAGAAAUGGCUUUCAAAUUGGCCAUUCAAAGAAAUAAGAAGAAUUCUCCAAAAGUAACCAUUGUUCACAAAUCAAAUGUGUUGAGUGUGAGUGAUGGUUUAUUUAGAGAGAGUUGUUUACAAGUUGCUAAAAAGUAUCCACAAGUGAAAGUUGAAGAACAAUUAGUGGAUUCAAUGGUUUACAAGAUGAUUUUGGAUCCAACUCAAUAUGAUGUGGUGGUUGCUCCUAACUUGUAUGGUGAUAUUUUGAGUGAUGCUGCAUCAGCAUUUGUUGGAGGUUUGGGCGUUACUGGAUCUGCCAACAUGGGUGACAGCUUUGCAUUGGUUGAGCCAGUUCAUGGUAGUGCUCCUGAUAUUUAUGGAAAGGGAAUUGCCAAUCCAAUUGCAACCAUUCGAGCUUGUGCCAUGUUAUUAAGAUUUUUACAAGAACAUGAUCCUGUACACUGUUCAUUCUUGAAUCCAAUUGCAGAUCAAAUGGAAAAAGCAGUGGAUGUUGUCAUGAAUGAUCAGAGUGUGAUAACACCAGAUUUAGGAGGAAAAGGAAAUACUGAAACACUUGUGAAUGCCAUUAUCAAAAAUCUUUAA